UCGUGAGAGGAUCGAGCGAAAAUGUUCAUCAGUGUCUGUUUUGGCUUUCUCUGUGACGUACGCUUCGUAUCGUAUAUAGUGUAAGCGAAAAAAUCUGCGGCCAUAAGCCCGUGGACUCGGCGAAUAGUGUUGAAUGUGCAGUGAGGGCUAAAAUUUGUGCCGGGUGUUGAGAAAUUCGUGUGGUGGUUGCUAGAGGCGUGUAUGAGGCACCUGGUGCUGCUAUCCCAAUGGGAUUGGAUGUGAAAACUUGCUGUAGAUUGUGUCUGAAGGAUGCCGCCAGUGAACAGGCGACCCACAUCGAUUUGCAGCAGCAGCAAGAAGUGGGCGAGCUUGUUAAGAAUCUGUACGGUUUCAGCAUCAAAUAUUCCGACCGAGGCUCCAACUUGGUUUGUGUGCCGUGCUACAAAGAUGCCACCAAACUGAAGAAGCAUAUUGAUGUGCAUCGGGCCAAAACCAACCUGGUAUCGCUGAACCAAGCGAUUCUCAACUCGCAGGCUGUGGCGUUCCCCGAGGAGGAUGAGCCGGAAUCUGUAGGUAGGUUGGAUUUUAAUCAUAUGCGACUAUUAGUUAAUGAUCAAAAUGGAGGUCAGUCUAGACACAAAUUAUUUAAAGUUCGAAUUGGACUGUCGUUUCGAAUAUGAUGAGGCGACAUCUGU